GUGCACUGUGUCCUUCGGACACAGCGGAUCACCGAUCCACGGACAGAGCCGAAGAUGUUGGCUCGGUCAUGUGAUCAGCUGUGCCCAAUCACAGCUGAUCACAUGGCACUGAUGAUCAGUGUGGCCCCAUCAGUGCCACCUGUCAGUGUCCAUCAAUUCUAGCUGUCAGUGUCCAUCGGUGCCAGCUGUCAGUGCUGAACAGUGCCAUGUGCCAGUGCACAUCAAUGCCACAUAUCAGUGCCUAUCAGUGCGCAUCAAUUCCCAUAUAUCAGUGCCCAUCUGAGCUGCCCUUCAGUGCCACCUAUCAAUGCCAAUCAGUGCCACCUAUUAGUGUUGCCAAUCAGUGCCACCUAUUAGUGUUGCCAAUCAGUGCCACCUGUCAGUGCCAGUCAGUG